AUGGUUCUUGUGAAAGACGCAUCAGGCUCACGAGCCGCCAAGCUCAUUAAGUCUUUCUGGGCUAUAACCAAGGGAGAGCAACAGAUCACCAAUGCUCACUCGGCUAAGCUCUUUCUGCAAGCCUGUCAGGCCUUUAGUGACAAGAACACGGCCGUCAAAUGCGUAGAAGUCCUUAUCUCCAACACACCCGGCUUCGCAGCUCUCGAAAGAGCUGUACGUGCCGACCUGAGCCCCGACUUCAUCAAUUCGGCCUCAUUACCUCUUAUCCUGACUCUAGCAGACGAUGGUGUAAUUGCACUCAACAACGGCGGGUUCCUUCGCCAGAUCCUGUCUGCCAUCUUAGAUCCUUCGACAUUUUGGAGCGCUUCAAUGGAUGCAUACAGUAGUGGCAGACUUGACAGUCUUGGGCUAGAAGCUUUCGCUUGGCUCUGCUUGCAAGUUGUAUCCGACCAAACAGGCUUCGAAUCCCAGAAGCUUGAAGUGGACCAAAUGAUGAAGCGUCAAAGUCUUCUAAAGUCUCAAUUGCCUGAAGUUCGGAAAAUUGCCUAUCGCAUUGAGAAGAUCAUCAAGAUCUUUUCCCAGCCCCAAUCUGUAACACAGGGCAUCACUCCUGGAGGACGUCACGACAAUGAUCAUGCAAGUUUCCGUCAAGUCUCUAUCUAUCCCACCUCUGAUGAGCUCACGUCUACCGACCCUCCGUACCUCCAACGACUUGGAGAGGUAUUUGACACGCCAAUGGACACCCGAAGUCAGGUUUACCGCGAUUGGCUAUUUCGGCUGCUCCGCGAAGACAUGCUUUCAGAGCUUCGCGAUGACCUCCAAGUUGCCAUGGGCCGGAAGAAAAGCAAGCGCAAACCAGUUACCCUUGGCGAGAUGAAGCUUGUCAACAUUGAUGUCGACAAGACGACCAUGCGACACAUUCAUCCUUACAGCCUGUUCGUGGCCUGUGGCCAGGGAGUAAAUUUCCCUCGCAAUAUGUCCAAAGACAGAAAAGCAGCCUUUGUUGACAACUCCAAGCAUUUCAUGAAGCAUGAUUCUUUUGGCGCUCUCUGUUGCGACGACAAAAUUAUCGCGUUUGGAUCACUCGUGCGAAACAACACCAAUCUACUAAAGUCGCCGCCUAUCGUCGGUCUCAGAUUCACGGACAGCUCUGGCUUAAUGUCCGCUCUGGACGCUUUCGAGAGUCCCAUCAAAGAUCAGCUCAAGUUUUUGAUCGUUGGCACCGCUACUUUUGCGUAUGAGCCUAUCUUAGAACGGCUGAAGACGAUUGCAGACCUUCCUCUCGAAGCUCAAUUAAUCGACCAUGAGCAGCCAUCGCUUGAUGUUCUGAAGCCCAUCAAAUUGGAUGCUUUGCUUGAUAGAUGCCGAACAACCUUUGAGGCAGGUUCUAGGAUGACCUUGCCUUUAAACUUCACGCGUUCCAAGGAGAUUCACCUUCAAGACGCCCAGCUCAAGUCCUUCAUCCACGGAUUGAGUAGCGAUCUGGCUUUGAUCCAAGGUCCCCCAGGCACUGGAAAGUCGUUCCUGGGUGCCAUCAUCCUUUUGACUAUUCUACGCCUGACCACAUUCCGUGUCCUUGUUCUUAGUUAUACAAACCACGCGUUGGACCAAUUUUUGGAAGAUCUUAUGGAUAUUGGCGUUAGUUCAGAUCAGAUCGUUCGCCUCGGGUCUAAAUCUACUGAGGCCACCAAGCCCACCCUUUUACACGAGUACGAUGGCCAGAAGAGAUACUGGCUGACUAUGGAAGAGAAAAAUAUCCUCAACGCGCUGCGAUUUGAAGAAACUGAACUGGACGAGGAACGCCAUGAAUACAGCAAGAAGCUCGCAGGACGCGGCGUCAACCCCGCUGAUAUCCUCGAGUACCUUGAGUUUUCUGAAUCGUUUACGUCGGCAUGGUCCGCGUUCCAAGUCCCUGACGAUGAUGGGUUUCAGAUGGUAGAUUCCCGCGGUAAAGCAAUUGAGCCCGAAGCAGUUUAUGACUAUUGGCUGCGCAACGGCGACGUCAACGGCAUGGGAAGACUGAACGACUUAUUAGAAGGGUCCUCUCGUGCUUUUUGGGACCUGUCGCGCGAAUCAAGAACUCAACUUCAUCAUGAGUGGGCUCGCAAGGUCCGAGAAGAACAAAUUGUCAAUUUUGUUGAUCUGAGCAAGAGAUUCAACGACACCAAGGCCAAGAUCAGAAGUAUACUCGACGAGCGAGGCCGAAGGGUACUGAGGGACAAGCGAAUCAUCGGAUGUACAACUACUGCUGCGGCGAAGUACCAAUCCAUCAUCGAAACAGCAACCCCCGACAUCAUUCUCGUCGAAGAAGCGGGAGAAAUCCUUGAGGCUCAUACCAUCACCGCUAUGAGUGCCUCCGUCAAGCAACUCAUCCUCAUUGGUGAUCACAAACAAUUGAGACCCAAGGUUGGCAACUACGCUCUCAGCAAAGAAAAGGGCGAGGGAUACGAUUUGAACGUUUCUCUAUUUGAGAGACUUAUUACCCAGGGUCAUCAUUUUACAGCACUGCAAGAACAGCAUCGCAGCCAUCCGGACAUAUCGCAAUACCCCCGUAUGCUGGCAUAUCCUGAGUUGAAAGACGUACCAUCCACUGUCAAACGCGACCCAAUUCGAGGACUUAAAUCCCGGGUCACGUUCGUUCACCAUGAAAAGCCCGAAGAUACCAUGGAUGAUGUAAACGACAGUCGAGAUCCCACUGCAAAGGCCACGAAGAGAAAUACCCACGGGGCUAUGAUGGUUCUCAAGAUGGUCCGCUUUCUUUCCCAGAAUGGAUACAAAACCCAAAACAUGGUUGUUCUUACGCCGUAUCUUGGCCAGCUGUUCCUACUCAGGGAAACCCUACGACAAGAAACCGAUCCCGUGUUGAGUGACAUUGACUCACACGAUUUGCUACGCGCGGGCCUGAUCACACCAGCAGCGGCGAAGGUGAACAAGAAGACCCUUCGUUUGUCAACCAUCGACAACUACCAAGGAGAAGAGUGCGACAUCGUCAUUGUUUCGCUCACACGCAGUAAUGACUCUGGCGACAUCGGAUUUCUGUAUGCUCGCGACCGACUUGUUGUCCUCCUAUCGCGAGCGCGAAACGGCAUGGUUCUCUUUGGUAACAUGGAGACAUUCAUGAAGAGUAAGAAAGGAGGGAAAAUGUGGACGCAGUAUUUUGAUGCACUGAAGAGAAACGAUUCUCUAUUCAAUGGUGUUCCGGUACAUUGCGAGCAACAUCCAGACGUCUCUAUGCUUUUGAAGACCCCCGAAGACUUCGAUAUGAAGUGUCCCGAUGGCGGGUGCGCAAAACCUUGCGGUGCUGCUCUGAGCUGUGGGAAACACUAUUGCAAUCGACGAUGCCAUCGAGUACAGGACCAUUCAAAGGUUGAGUGUUCCGCAAAAAUCGACAGGACCUGCGCCAGAGGUCACACUUCCAAGGUUCCUUGUGGAGACAACUCCAAGAGCUGUAGGGCAUGCACCAGAGAAGACGAGGAAAACCGCCGUCGUAUAAAACGGGACUUGGACAUUGAAAGAGCCCGGCAGGAGCAGGAAGACAAGUACCGACUAGAGCUGCAAGAGAUUGAUGAUGAGAUCCACCAUCUCCGUCGGACCGCCAAGUACGAUUCGGAAAGAGAGAAGAAGAUGGACGAAGUCGAGCAGAAGAAACAAGAGCUUGAGGCUCUACGACAGGCUCGUGCCAUGAAGACCAAGUUGGCAGCGGCCCAGGCAAGCAGGCCAGCGCCCCAAGCCUGGGUUCCACAAUUUGAUGUUAUUUCUCAGGCUGCCUCUGAGUGGAAGCACAUGAAGAAGGUCGAGGGUGCAUUUAAUGACGCUUUGGACAAACUGAUGGGUAUGAUUGGCUUAGAAUCAGUCAAAGAGGAGUUUCUUUCUAUUAAGUCAACUGUCGACACGAAAAUACGUCAAGGGUUUUCACUUGGAGACGAAAGGUUUAGUUGCUCGCUACUUGGAAACCCGGGGACAGGCGAGAUUUACGCCGAGUUUCUCAGUUCUGUUGGGGCCGUCGCCGGCAGCUGUUUCAAAGAAGUUACUGGAUCAAAAUUGGCCAAUAUGGGUGUCUCUGGCUGUGAGAAGCUUAUCGAAGAAGUCAACAACAACGGUGGAGGAUGUGUCUUUAUAGACGAAGCGUACCAACUUUCGUCAGGCAACAGUCCUGGUGGAAAAGCAGUUCUCGAUUACCUAUUGGCUGAGGUUGAGAACUCUCGCGGCAAGAUCAUAUUUGUUUUGGCUGGCUACAACAAGGAGAUGGAAUCGUUCUUUUCGCACAACCCUGGCAUCCCCAGUCGCUUUCCUAUCGAGAUGAAAUUCGAAGACUACACAGACGAUGAACUUCUGAAGAUCCUGCAGUUACAGAUUCAUCGCAAGUUCAACGGCACGAUGGCUGUAGCUGAAGGUGUGGAUGGACUCUUCUGCAGAAUUGCGGCCCGUCGGAUCGGCCACGGUCGCGGUAAAAAUGGUUUUGGCAACGCGCGUGCUGCAGAAAACCAUUUGCAGGCAAUCACAAAGAGACAGGUAGCACGAAUCCGGAAAGAACGUCAUGCAGGAGGCAAACCAAGUGACCUACUAUUUACUCAGGAAGACAUCAUCGGACCAGAGCCUUCAGAAGCACUGAUAAAGAGCAAGGCAUACCGAGAGCUCAAUUGCAUGAUCGGACUCAAGGAAGUCAAGGACGCGAUCAAAGUCCUGAUGGAUACAUUGAAAACAAAUUUUGAGCGCGAACUCGCUGAAGAGCCUCUAGUUGAGUUCUCUCUCAACAAAGUAUUCCUCGGAUCACCCGGAACGGGAAAGACAACCAUUGCAAAGCUUUACGGCGAAAUCUUGAGAGACCUAGGCUUGCUGUCCAAUGGCGAAGUUGUGUGCAAGAAUCCUGCAGAUUUUGUCGGAGCUGCUCUUGGGCAGUCCGAAGCGCAAACCAAGGGUAUACUCGCUGCAACAGUUGGAAAGGUUCUGGUAGUCGAUGAGGCAUACGGAUUAUCAGGAGGAGGGGGAGCAAACGGUUCCAUGGCUGAUCAGUAUAAAGAGGCUGUUGUCGAUACCAUUGUGGCCGAAGUACAAAGUGUGCCUGGCGAAGAUCGCUGCGUCCUGCUUCUCGGCUACAAGGACCAGAUGGAGCAAAUGUUCCAGAACGUCAAUCCAGGUCUCAGUCGGCGAUUCCCUCUUUCAUCAGCAUUUAUUUUCGAAGAUUUUGAUGACGAUGCCUUGGCAAAGAUACUCGACAUGAAGCUUGGCAAGUCAGGCUUCAAAGCAACUGAGAAGGCUAAGUCUGUUGCCCUAGAAGUCCUUGGCCGGGCGCGAAACCGACCAAAUUUUGGGAAUGCUGGCGAAAUCGACAUUCUCCUCGGUAGGGCAAAGGCGAGCCACCAGAAACGCCUCACCGCUGGUCUUGUCAACAGGCGUACCACCCUGGAAGCCGUGGAUUUUGACGCGGAAUUUGAUCGAGCCGAAAAGGGAGACACUGACAUCAGCAAACUUUUCUCCGGCGAUGUUGGUCGGGAUAGCCUCAUAGCUACUUUACAAGACUACCAGAAACGUGUUCGCCAGGCUAAAGAGUUGGAUAUCGACCCAGAAAUCCCCUUCAAUUUCCUUUUCCGUGGCCCACCUGGAACGGGCAAGACAACAGCAGCUCGCAAGAUGGGCAAGGUCUAUUACGAUAUGGGAUUCUUGGCAAAGCCAGAGGUUAUUGAUGUCUCCGCAACUGAGCUGAUUGGUCAAUAUGUCGGACAAACAGGACCCAAGGUGCAAACGCUCCUCGACAAAGCUCUUGGAAAAGUACUCUUCAUCGAUGAAGCCUAUCGUUUGGCAUCAGAGACGGGAUCAUUUGCUAGAGAAGCGGUUGACGAACUAGUUGACUGCGUCACUAAACCGAAGUAUCAUCAGAAGCUGAUCAUCAUCUUGGCUGGCUAUGUCCAAGACAUCAACUCUCUUCUCGCCAUAAACCCAGGAAUGUCCAGCCGAUUUCCAGACAACAUAGAUUUCGAUGCCUUGGCUCCUUCGGUUUGCGUUCAGUUGAUGACAAAGCAAAUGCAAGCUCACAAGGCCAAGCUCAAGGGUCGGAGGAUCAUGGACUUCUCGUGCUUGGAAAGUCCAACAGAGUUAUUUUUGAACGACUUAACCAAAGCUUUCGAGGCUCUUUCGCAGCAAGAUAGCUGGGCCAAUGCAAGAGACGUCAAGGAGUUGGCAAAGAAACUUUUUCAAAAGUUUGACCUUUCUUGUCCUGAAUUGACGUUGACGGAGGACAUGGUCCUGGCGACACUAGACGACAUGAUGAAAGAGCGCCGCGACAGAAUGGAAAACAAGAAGCCAACAGCAGCGUCUGAGAUCGCGAAGGCGUUUGUUAAUGGCCCGACCUUCACUCCUCCCACUAUCACUACUAGUAAAACAGUGAUUACUCAAGAAAAGGAAGCGGAAGAGCCAGAAGAAUCCACCGAAAAUCUGUCCCACGACGCACUCCACAGCAUUCGAGAUGCUGGAGUCAGUGACGAAGUAUGGGAGCAACUGCAGAAAGAUAGGGAGAAUGAAGAACGUGAUAACGAAGCGCUGCAACGUCUAAAGCAAGCACAGCGAACGGCAAAGGAGGCUGAUAGAGAGAGGAUCGUGCGGGAGAUCUUGGCAGAAGAGGAGAGGCGCAAGCAGAUAGAGGCAAGAAAGGCGAAGCUAAUACGAAUGGGCAUCUGUCCUGCAGGAUUCCAAUGGGUCAAACAAAAUGGAGGGUUUCGGUGUACUGCGGGUGGGCAUUGGAUUUCCGAUGAGCAGGUAGACAGGAUGUAG